AUGAGCCAGGCGACCGGUAGUAGGACGAUCGUCAAUUACAACGAACUGCCUGAAAUGACUUGCAUUGAGUUUGCAACUGCCAUUGAGCCCCUUCGUACCGUAACUGGUCGCCCCUGGUUUCAUUUUGAGGGUCGUGCACCAGAUGUAACAUUAGAAUGUAUUCAUCAUCUCCGAGAGCAUUUUCCAGAGGCUGAAAUCAGUGUUGAGGUGGAAAAGCCAGGCCGAUUAGGCUUGCAGGAGCUUGCAGAUGCGGCAGAUGUUGUUAUCUACUCGAAGGGCUGGGCCCAGAACAAUGGAUAUACGUCCGCUGAGGAUUGCUUACGGGAUCAAUCAUUAAAGACAAGCCGAGCAACCUUGCUAUGCUGUACUUGGGGCCAUGACGGGGCUGCAGCACUUGAACCAAAGACUGGCAAGUUUGCUCAUGUUCUGGCUCAUUCUGAAGAAGUGGGGGUCGCCGAUACUAUCGGAGCUGGAGAUACGUUCAAUGCUGGCUUGCUGUACGGUCUUGUCUAUCGGAGUCACGACUGGGAUUUCCGAAAGAGGCUGGAAUUUGCAAAUCUUAUUGCCGGCUUAAAGGUUACCCAAGAGGGCUUUGCAGACCUGCAAAGAGCGUUGAACUUCCCGUCAUAUUGA